AUGCAAGACCAAAGGUUUCGAUUCAACAUCACAGACGUCCCAGCCGGUAUCCUCCAAUGGGUUACUGCUAAACCCGGACAAACUGCUUUGCUUAUCAGCAACGGCAUUCUGAUCUUUACGCCAGCUGCUCUUACGGGCCCGCUCCUUGCGACUAUGGGUUGGGGGGCUUCAGGCCCUAUCGCUGGCUCCGUUGCUGCCUCCCUUCAAUCGAUACUGGGGAAUGUCGGAGCACAUAGUGUGUUUGCAUAUCUGCAGAGUGCAGCAAUGUGA